CGAAUAAGCUGGCGCGUGGAGUUAUCGCCAGGUAACGACAUUUACGAAUGUUACUAUCGCGGCUGCUGAAACGGCGAUGCUCCUGUUUGGUGUCCAAGCGAAAGCGCUUGCAGACUCCUCGAACCCACGAGCGGAACUAAACCUCGGCCGAAAUGAUCCUGGCCAGUGCGGGAUGGCCGAAUACGCUGGGUGGAAAACUGGACGUGAGACAGAAGGAAUCCAAGCGGGCAAAAGGCUUUCUUGCUCAAUCAAGCUCGCAAUAGAUUUUGAUGAGCUAAAACUGCAACAGUUUUAGCAACUGCCGUAAUCGAGAAACCUUCCCCUCGUAUCGCAGGUUGAAACUGGUCCCAUGCAGCUUCAGGAUCGCCAUCGUCGUGCCCUUGUUUAAUGGCCGUCGUUCGCUGGCUGAAACGAGCGACCACACUCUGCUGCUUCGAGCGCGCCGAAAGUAGCUCCGCUCCGUGGUCGACAGCGUGGUUGCACUCCGCCAGCGAUGGCCUGUAUGGGCGCGAUAGAGCGAGUCAAGUCGGAAGGUUUUUGCACCGGAGUAAGACGGGACAAGCCGAUAUAUCCGGCUGCUUUCUCACGAAAAAACAUCAUUUAUCCAGUGUGUAUCUCAUAUACGUAUAGAGAUCAAUUUUCCUUACGAACCCAAAGAAAGAUAAAAGCUCAAGCUCAAAUCACACUCACAUUUACCAAAUUACACUUCGCUAUACACCUCGUGACCAAAUACUAACCUGAUUAAACUAAGCACCUUGAAGCAUUGCGUAUACCUCCAGCAUUACUGCACACCGGCCCUUCCGUGCUGCAUUCUGUUUCCCACGACACCAGCAACAAGCGCGCGACGGGCACGUCAGCUCAGCCCCAACGCUCUCUGCAGGACUUCUCCACUCGACGAGCCAGUGACUCUCACUCUGCAGCAGCAAUGGGCACGCGGCCCGCGAGCGAAGACGGCGGCGGCGGUGGCGUCACCAAGGCCCACAGCCAGGCCUCCAGCUCCAGUGCGAACCCAAGUAACAGCGGAGGCGCGGCUAAGCCCAGCGGCUCAGCUGUCCACCUGCAGCGCCUCAGUAGCAACCAGAACGACCCUGGGCCUCCAACCAGCAGCAAGUCCGCGGGUGCUCCGCAUCGUAGGCCUGAGAGCGAGACAAACCUCCACACGUCCUCAUCUGUGAGCACAGGCCGCGUCGCCAGCGCCCGCGUGGGCGGCCGUCGACGUGCCGAGACGGACAAUCACAUGCGUUCGUCACUGCCUCCGACGCUCUCAAGCGACGUGGUGCUGGACCGCCGACUAUUGCAUAAGUUCGAGCAGGUGAACCAGGAGAUCGAGCGCAUCGUGCGCGCGUCGCAGAUGGACCAGCAGUUUGGCGUUAGUGACGCUGCCAGUGCCAACCAGGUCAAGAACGAGCUACGUCAGGCUAAGAAGAGCUCAGCCCAGAUGAUCCACGCGCAGAAGGAGCUGCUGGACAAGAUGGAGAAGCAGGAACGCGGCGGCUUCCGUCGCGUCUUCACCAUCAACAAGGCCGCCAAGAUGGCCAAGCUGCGCUCCAAGCUAUGCGAAAAACUCAGCGAAUCGGUCCUAGUGGACGAGGAACUGCUACGACUCGAGAGACAGAGCACAGCUAUGUCAGCCACGACGCUGGGGACGAUCACGAGGAACGGCACCGCCGUCGUUAACGUUAGUAACGUGCACGGAGCGGGAGGCAACAACUUUGCCAAUACCGGUAAUAGCGUCUUCAGUAUGAGUGUGACUGGACUAAGCAGCUUGGACGAGGCGCGCGAUGUCAGCGGCAGCGAGAGCAGUGGCCCCAUACCGACGAUGAGGAUGAGUUCAGGCUGGGAAGAUGCACAGGAAGAGCUGCUGAUGCUCGAGCGAGAGAAGGAAGAUAUCCUCAACAACCUGUUCCAGACUGUGGACAUGCCUGCUGUGCUGGACUUACACGCUCGUAUUGCGAGUUUUUCCAGCGAGAUCAAGGCCGUGGCAAGUGUCAAGAAGCAGGCAGACCGUGUCGAGGAAAUGUACCGCAAGGCUCUACAUUUGCUACGUGUGGCGCUAGCUGCAGUCGUGUCACCGAACUACUCCGGUAGUAUCCGGGAAUUCGCUCUCAAUUCGUAUCCAUUGGCUGUGGAGGCAGGACAUCUCAUUGAACAGGCGUGUCACGUGAUCCAACCCGAAGCACGACGCAAAUAUGAGGCCUUUGCCUCUGAAUUGACCCACGUACGACCGCCCAAGUUCCCACAGCCAGUCUCGGACUUUGCUCGACGCUCACGGACACAUUACGACCCGCACAGCGCGCUCUCGAUCGAAGGGAUGCGUAACCUGCACGCGGCUGAAAAUGUCCUCAUUUUGUUGCAGCGACUGGUGAUCCAGAAGCUGGAGGGCAUCGAGAAGUGGCAGGCGAAGCUGACUAAGGACCAAGAGGCCGCUGAAAGCGCUCACGCACAGAUGGAGACCAGACUGCAGGAACAGGUGGCUGUACUCGCUCGUUCCGUGUCGGUCUGAGUGACUUGUGUAGCCCUGUUCUGUGGAGAAAUGAUGCGUUGUGCUUUUUGGCUUUUGAUAUACAUAGCGGAGAGCGAGAGAGAAAUGAGAAGGUCGGCCUUCUGAGGACAUUUUCGAUGGCAGAAAGUGAGGGAUCUAGGUGGAAAGUUGGUGUCGGAGUCACGGGCUCGUUUAAAACGGGUAGCGGAGGUCGAGUAGCGGCGCGUCAAUAUAUUUAUUCGCCGCUGUUUCAAUGAGUGGCUCGUUUUGGCAUUUGAUGACAGGUUGCAGUCAAGCUGGAAAGAUACACUCAAUUCCGCUGGGAUCUGCUUAGGAUAAAGGCUGUUUAGCCAACGAGAGGGCAGUAGCUCGAACCAGACGCCUUUUCAUCAAGAUCUCGAGCAUUUCUUUAUUUUAGCGAAGGUGUCGUGCGCGAUCAAACGUUACAAGGCUGGCUUCAUGCAAGUUAUCUAACCGUUGGCGACUAAGUCAUGUCAUCGUUGCUGUCAGAUUCGGUGGGAAAUCUUUUGGAUCCUAAACGCUCUAGCAUUGCUAGUAGCAACCAACCAAAUAGAAACAAAAGCCACAACUCUCCGGAGUUUGCUUAAAGACGAUCAAAUCGAAGUUGCUCGAACGAGAGCCCACCUCUCCAGCCCUACCGCCGGAUACACUCGUUCUUGCAGCCAAGUUUGCGCUAUAAUUGAUGGAAAGAAGCACUAUGAGCUACUAGUACAUUUACUAGUAAUACAGGUCUCCAAAAUGCUCUAAAACUGCA